UAUACCCGCCCAUUCUCAACGUUUGUAAUCCGUCAGAAGCAUGGCUUCAAUAAAAGAAAGAGCCGCAGCGCUGAACCUUGCGGAGAAAUUGUGUGUGCGUAAUCAAGCUCCUUGUGUGGCCUCCAAGCCAGUCCAGUCUUGCACCAUGUGGAGCAGCCUUAUCUCCCACCUGAAGUCUACUGUGACCGUGAAGCGCAGACGAGUCCUCUUGAAAUCCCACAGUGACUGUUUCCUUGGCUCAGAGGGUGUGGAUGUACUGGCAGAAUACAUUGUUAAAGCGAAGGGCUUUGAGGGUGCCGUCGUGUCUCGGGACAAAGUGGUGUGUGUGUGCCAGGCGCUGUUGGAGUGCGGCGUGUUUGAGGCGGUGGGAACCAAAGUGCUGGGAAAAGACAAGAAACAGGAUGCGUUUCAUGACAGCAAGAGCGCUCUUUACAGGUUUGUAGACACAUCUACUCCUUCAGUAGAUGAGUUGGAAAAAGGUGUGCUUGUGAAUGGGAUCCAAAAGUUCUUCACCUGCGCUCCUUCAGACAGGCAGGAAGAGCAGACCUGUCCCCCUGCAUCGCUUGUUGAGAUGUCCACCCCAGUCCUCUUCACUCAUACUUCCAGCCAGCUAGAUGCUCCCGCCACUAGCAGCCAAUCAUUGGAGCUGCCGAUGAACAGUCUGAGUCCGUGCAGGGUACAGACAGCCACGGGUUUACCACAAUCAUUGGUGGAUGAGGUGUGGCAGGAGCAGACCCUGCUCAGCCUGUUAAAUCUGGUGGAGCUCCCUGUGCUGGAAGGCGUGCUUCAGUGCAGGCAGAGCCCAUCCUCUCCAUCUCCAGCCAACCUGGCACACAAUAACCCAGAUCUGAUCUACAGCAGCAACCACCUGGACCGACAGAUCCUCAAGGCCUUCCGAGACUCUCAGGAAGAUGAGUGGCUCUGUGCAGCUUUGGACUGUUUGGACUUCCUGCCUGACCAGCCGGUAGUGGAGCUCAGCAGGGAGCUGCCUCAUUGUUUCCCUCAAGAUAAUGAGAGCUGUGACCCAGAACCAGCUGGUCUCAGCGUCCAAGAAAGAGGUGACAACAGUGCAGAGCACACACAUCUCUCCCCAAGUGGCUUGGCCCAGUGUAAGCUGCUUCUAUAUGGGACUCUGGUCAAACACUACAGCGUCACAAACAGGCUUCCACUUCUGCCGCAGCACAUGACUGACGUCUACACAGCCAUCACAGAGCUGCUCGUAAAUGCUAAAUUGGAUAAGGCUCUCGAGGCUCUGCAACUGUGUCUGAAGCUGCUGCCGCACAGCUGCAGAGAUGAGCUCCGUAGGCUGCUUAUCUUCGUGUCUCUGGCAGCUGACCCACAUGGGAUUAAAGUGGACAAGGAGAUUGAGAACAGGCUGGCAGUGAAGAGGUCUUUCUCCAGGGCGAUCCUACACAGCAAGGCUCUCUCCAAAGAGAAAGAAGAUCUUAUAUUGGUCUUUAUGCUAAGCAAUGUUAAAGAAAUCUUCAAGAUACCUGGGGCUCUGCACAAAGUAGUGAGUGACAAGCUGGCUUGCCUCGUACAGGAGAAACAGCCGGAUGUGACGGGUUCUACAUUCUGUCAGCAGGUUGACAGGAACACUUUACAAAGCUCUACAAAAACCACCACCAACCAAGCGCUGUGGGUCCUCUUAAACAACAUCCACCUGGAUACCAAGAUCUCAGCCAAGGAGAAAAAGCGUCUUCUUAGACAGUUUCACCUUUCCCACCCAGAAAUAUUUAACCAGUACUUUGGUGACUCUGCCUUCAGUGUGCUGUAGAUCUGUGCAGAUUUGUCUCUGCUGUUUUCUUUAAAGUGUUUUUUGCCUUUUUACUUGCUUGUUAUACAAAAGUGAACCAUCUCCACAGAUGCAUUUUUGACUGACAGUAAGUUUGUGUCUGUAUAUCAAAUGUAUAAAUAUUGAAGAAUACUAAAGUAUGUAUGUGUAUUUACUAUUGAAUAAAAUGUCAAUUGUUUACAAAAUCUCAAAUGCAUCUCUGUAAAAUGUGAAACAUUCAGCUCUUUGCAAGUAUAUUCUGCCAAUGAACUGUUUUCUGGAAGAGAGCCUGAGGUGGCCACGUUGGGAACUUCUACUCUAAGCAUUAUAUGUGUUAGACUCUAAGCUGUUUAAAUAUUUCAAGA